AUGUUCUUUAACAAGUCCUCCAUCCUGGCUACUACCCUGGCUGUUUUCGCCUCCGGCACUGUCGGCCAGAUUAUCAACAUUGAAUACGGCAGCAGCGAGUACAAUUUUCACGAACAGCAGGUUCAACUGGACCAGCUCACUAAGCUGGAUUACCCCGGCGACUACUCCUACUAUUCUUCCCCUGAUUAUUGUGAUCUGUAUAGUAAUACCCAGGAUGAUCCCACUAUCGCGGGGUUCGCCCACACUGGCGAGUUUCGCGAGAGGUACCUCGAAGCUGUGUACUGCUACCGCCCGGAGCAUGUGUACUACGAAUAUCAUGGAUGA